AUGUUCCGCCGCAGCAAAUCGCGGUCUGAGUCCCGGCACGACGUGCAGACAGAGGCGCGGCUCCGGAACCACCGCGAGCAAGAGGAGAAGCGGCUGGAGGAGGCGGAAGCAAAGAAGCAACUCCAGCAGAAAGCAGAGAAGCUCGCUAUCAGCGAGCCUAAAUCGAGCUCAGGGUCGCGGCCGCACACGCAGGCCCGCUCUGCCUUCCCAUUCUACCCCGCCCGGGCCGUCGUGGCCGACGAGAAGGUGCCGUGGGCGGUGAAGUGGCCCGACUACUCGCCAACGACGUUCACGGCGCCGCACGUGCUCGCAAACGACAGCACGGUGAAGCCAGGCGGCUGGGCAGACCCCGUGGAUCCGACGAGCGUCGACUGGCCGUGCCGCGCGUCGUACGAAGGCCCGAUCGCCUUUGACGGCCAUCAGCAGCCCCUCAACCCUCGCGGCCGGACGGGGAUGAGCCAGCGCGGCUACCUCGGCAAGUGGGGCGCCAACCACGCCGCCGACCCGAUCGUCACACGCUUCGACCCGGCGAGCGGCCGGCUGCAGGCCACUGCCGUCGCCGCCAUCGUCCGCUCGGAUAACGGCGUCAUCGCCCUGCCGGGCGGCAUGGUGGAUGCGGGCGAGAUCGUCUCGGCGACGGUGCGGCGCGAGUUUGCGGAGGAAGUGCUCAAUCUGCCGAGCGAGGCCCGCGCCGCCAGAGCGCAGCGCUCCGAGGUGACACGGCUGCUCGACCAGCUCUUUGCGGGAGGCGGCGGCGGAAAGGUCGUGUACCGCGGCUACGUCGACGACCCGCGCAACACGGACAACGCUUGCCGCCUCCACCCAGCCCGCCGCCACCCAGCCCGCCGCCACCCAGCCGCCACACCGCAAGAGCGUGCCGCACUCGAGCUCUCGUCACAGGCCUUCCACUUCCAUGCGACCGGGGCGGCGGCGCGGCUGCAGCUCACUGCGGGCGGCGACGCGGCGCGCGCGUUCUGGCUGCCCGUCAGCCCGAGCAGCAAGGAGUACGCGAGCAUGCUGGCAGACCACCGGGCGUGGGUCGACCAGGCCGCACGCACCGCGCGCUCACAGUCACACCCGGAGUGGGAAAGCAGAAACCUGAAACCUGAACCUCGACCUCACCCUAACCUGGACUUGCCCUGCCCUGCCCUGCCCUGA